UAGAAUGAAAUAAAAAGCCCCCUAAAUUUCUCCUAAUAAAUUGUAUGCGAGUCUUUUAAAAAAAAAAAAUGAAUCAGAUUAGCAGUAGAAAAUAGUGAAAUCUCCAGUCAUUCAAGGAAAUGUGUACAUUAAUUCUUUGAGGUAUGCCAAUGCUUGUAAAUUAGAAAUAAUUAAGGAUAGUUAAAAGUUGAUGCCAAGAAAUCAAGACCAACGAGUGGAAAGGAUCUCAAGGAUAUAAGCACUGUCUUAUUGAAAAAAACUCAUGCACGUUAAAAUAGUAAAAUCAUUGAGACCAAAGAAAACUCAUAAAAUUUAACUCAAUCAGCAUUGCAAUUAUUAUAAAAAAUCAAAGCUGAACGCCCAGACAAUAAAAUUGGUCAAAUUUAAACGUCCAAAGAGAUUUUACAAUAUCAUUAGUAAUUAAUUUAAAAAUAAUAUUAAAAAUUACUUGACUUAUCCAAAUAAACAGAACAUAAUUAGUUAUAACAAUAACAAUAACAACAGCAAUAACAACAAAAAUAAAAAUUAUUCAAAGGACCUCGCUCAAUCAGUAACCCUGAUAUCUCAACUCUCUAACUCUGUAUCACUAAAGCACACGCAAAAUCAAUACCUGGAAUGCUCUACACAGGCUAAACCAAAAUCAAUCAAGAUUCCUAUAAGUUAAUCCAAAAAUUCGGGACAAAAGAAAACGAUUGGUAUCUUCAGGUUUCUGAUGGCCAUGGAACCAAUGGACAUCAAGUAGCCUAAUUUGUCUAAGAAAUCCUACCAGCCUACAUAGAACAGGAGGUGAUGGAAGCUCCCUACUACUACGAUAGAGAUAAGUAAGAACACAAAAUUACUAAAAAUUAGAACAAUCAACAACAUUUUUAAGCAAUCCUUUUUGAAGACAAAUGAGGAUCUCUUAAAUUCAGGCAUAGAUGUGACUUAUUCAGGAGCAACAACAGUUGUCGUUAUAGCAUUUGAAAACAUACUGUACUGCGCAAACAUAGGUGAUAGUCGAGCUGUAACUAUAAAUGACAAUUAUAUUUAGAUUAUUGGAAGAUAUGAUACUAAAUUACAAGUAGUUGAACUAUCUAAAGAUCACAAGCCCGAUUGUUUUUUGGAAUAGGCCAGGAUCAUUCAGAGAGGAGGACGUGUUUAAGCCUAUAGUGAUGAGGAUGGGAAUCCUAUAGGGCCAGCAAGAGUAUGGAAAUUGGAUGAAGAUGUACCAGGAUUGGCAAUGUCAAGGAGCUUUGGAGAUUACGUGGCAAGUUAGGUGGGAGUCAUUUGUGAACCUGAAAUCAUUAAGCAUUAACUAUUGCCAUCUGACAAAUUCUUAGUAGUUGCCUCAGAUGGUAUUUGGGAGUAUUAUCAAUACCUUAAAUAUUAAGAUUCUUAUCGAAUGAAUGGGUAAUCGAAACAGUCAAUGAGUAUUAUAAAAAAGGAGAUGCUAUCGGUGCUUGUAAUAAAUUAACAUAAGCUGCAAAAGAAGCUUGGUAGAGGGAAGAUGAAGUAAUAGAUGACAUCACUGUCAUUCUGGCAUUCUUCAAGUGA